AUGGCUUUAGAUCGAUGUGCUGCUAUAUGCAAGCCCUUACAUUAUGUACAAAUCAUGAACAGGGUGCUUUGUAGAUUGCUGAUAGGAGGUGCUUGGACCAUUGGUUUCAUACAAGGUUUGAUAAAUACUUUACCUUUGUUGAAAUUAAUGUUCUGUGGUCAAAAUAUUAUCAGGCACUUCAGCUGUGAACAACCAUCUUUACUGGCUUUAUCCUGCACAGACAUUUAUAUCAAUAGGAUCAUACUUUCUAUUACUGCUAAUGCAGUUGGGAUUUCUUCAUUUCUUCUUAUUUCAGUGUCCUAUCUCCACAUUUUUUCUACAGUCUGUAAAAUGCAUUCAGCAGAAGCUAAAAGAAGAACCUUCUCUACAUGCACUCCCCACAUCACUGUUCUGGUUUUGUUCUAUAGCUCUAGCUGGCUUAGGUAUACGAUGCCUGACUUGAUCUCUUCAAUAGUUCUGGAAGAGAUCCUUUCCAUUCAGUAUAGCAUCUGCACCCCCUUGUUGAACCCCAUCAUCUACAGCCUGAAAACCAAGGAUAUGAAGGAAGCUAUAAAACAAUUAAUGGGCUACAAACCAUUGCUUUCUCAUGUCAUGUAA